UCAUGCCCAAGUGAACAUAUGAACAUCUGAGCGAAUGCAAGACAGGUUCCAGUAAAAUUCCCCAGGUGAAAGUGAAAGUUUUUCCAGUGUGAUAGUAGAGCUGAAGUGGAGAUGAGCCUUUCUCUUUUUCUCUAAAAAGAAAAUUCAAGAGUUCACCUGGCCUCUUUCAGCUGCGUGUCUGACAAAAACUGUGUGUAGAUAUGGCUGAGGCCAACUGUCUGCUGUCUGAAGACCAGUUUCUGUGCUCCAUCUGUCUGGAUGUCUUCACUGAUCCAGUCACCACAUCAUGUGGACACAACUUCUGCAAAACCUGCAUCACUGAGCACUGGAACACCAACGAUAUGUGCCAGUGUCCCACAUGUGAACAGGUUUUCACCACCAGGCCCGACUUAAAGGUUAACAUCUUCAUCUCUGAGAUGGUUGCUCACUUCAGACGGUCAGCUCAACAGGAAGCCAGCAGCAGCUCAGAGGAACAAGUUUUCAAACUAGCAGAAGUUCCUUGUGACGUCUGCACUGAAACCAAACUGAAGGCCCUGAAGUCCUGCCUGGUGUGUCUGGUCUCCUACUGUGAGACUCACCUGCAACCUCAUCUGAUGGCUUCAGGCCUGAAAAGACAUCAGCUGAUUGACCCUGUGGAGAACCUGGAAGACAGGAUGUGUAAGCAGCAUGAUAAACCUCUGGAGCUCUUCUGUAAGACCGACCAGAUGUGUGUCUGCACUCACUGUCCUGCUUUAGACCACAAGACACAUGAAGUUGUUCCUCUGAAAGAAAUAUAUGAAGAAAAAAAGGCAGAGCUGAGGAAGACAAACACUGAACUUCAGCAGAUGAUCCAGGAGAGACGACUGAAGAUUCAGGAGGUCAAACACUCAGUGGAGCUCAGUAAGGAAGGUGCAGACAGAGAGACAGCAGAAGGUGUUUGGGUCUUCACUGCUCUAAAGGAGUGUGUUGACAGAAGCCUGGCCAAGUUCAUCAAGACGAUAGAAAAGAAGCAGAAAGCAACAGAAAAACAGGCAGAAGGUUUCAUCAAAGAUCUGGAACAGGAAAUCUCUGAGCUGAAGAAGAGAAGCUCUGAGGUGGAGCAGAUCUCACAGUCUGAAGACCACCUCCACCUUCUCCAGAGUGUUGACUCUCUAAACAUCAACCACCCACCAUCCACCAGGGUUUGGUCUGAGGUCAGCGUCCGUCCAGCAUCGUAUGAGGGGACUGUGGUGAGAGCUGUGUCUCAGCUGGAGGAGACACUCAGUAAAGAGCUCAAGAUGCUGCUUGAAGCUGAUCUGAAGAGGGUCCAGCAGUAUGCAGUGGACGUGACUCUGGAUCCUGACACGGCACAUCCCAGUCUCAUCCUGUCUGAUGAUGGGAAACAAGUACAUUUUGAAGAUGUGAAGAAGAACCACCCAGACAACCCGGAGAGGUUUUCUCUCAAUCCCUGUGUUUUAGGAAAGCAGAGUUUCUCUUCAGGCAGAUUUUACUUUGAGGUUCAGGUUAAAGGAAAGACUGCGUGGGACUUUGGAGUGACUCGAGAGUCAGUCAACAGGAAGGAAGACAUCCCACUGAGCCCUGAGGAUGGCUACUGGGUGAUAUGGUUGAGGAAAAGAAUCAAGUACAAAGCUCUUGCUGACCCUCCAGUCAGUCUCUCUCUGAAGUCUCAGCCCCGGAAGGUGGGGGUGUUUGUGGAUUAUGAGGAGGGUCUGGUCUCCUUUUAUGAUGCAGAAGAUGCAGCUCUGAUCUUCUCCUUUACUGGCUGCUCCUUCACUGAGAAACUCUUCCCGUACUUCAACCCUGGCCUGAAUGAUGGUAAAAACUCUGCACCUCUGAUCAUCUGUCCUGUCAAUCAAACUGAGCUCACUGAUAAUUUCUCAAAAUAAUUUUAAUUUGAUUACUCCAGACUCAAUUUGUAAACAAAUUUUGACUUUAAAGCAGAGUUUCCAUUUUACUGUAACUGACCUUUUCUUUUUAAGUAGAAAACCUGUGGAUGUCCGACUGAUUUAAAUCUCUCCACUCAUGAUGAAAAUAAAUCCCUUGUGUAUUCACACAUGUUGAAUAUUUCCAACAGGAAGUUGUGUGGGGCAGAGUAUGAUCACUAAUGUACAGGAAGGUAUUCUGGCUGUUUGGGGUGAAUAAACACAAAUGAUCCUCUCAUUUUGUUGUCAAAUACUGACGCUUUGGGGAGGUUUGAAAUCUUUCAGGACACGUUGGAGGCCACCAUACAGAAACUCUGCUUUAACGGUUAAAUAUAUGACAUUCACUCGUGGCAGUGGAGGAUGUUGUACAGAAAAAUAAAUAAACCUCAUCUAAGUACACACAGAUUUCUGCAAAUCUUCACGGGCGGACAUGUUGAAAACGGAUGUGAGGAGGACAGAGAGGGACUCUCAGGUUCUGGACUCUAAUCUGGAUCGAUCAUCCUGGAUACCAAGACAACAAACAGAAGCUCAGAGACGUCGUUUUGUGUUCAGGACGCCAUUACUCUGCUCUGUCUGUAGCUACGCAGCUAACAGCUGUUUUCUGCUGUAAUAAUUUCCAGUAUAUUCAGCCUUUAACAAUGUUUAGGGAAGACUGCACUGAGAUUUGAGCAUCUGCAAAGCCUUUAAUGGUCAUCAGAGGAGUGUUUCAUUUUCCACUCAUCCGACUCUUUGGUUCAUGACAAGAUUACGCUAAAUAAGUUUGAGACAAAGUCAGUAAGAGUCGUGCUGAGGUCGGGCAGCUCGCACACUGAUGACCUGCUCCUCCAAAGUGUCUCUGACCCCUCAUUAUGUCUUUUUUGUUGUAUAUGGAUGCUAAAUGUUGCAACACACCAAUUUACAAUCUGCUUUAUUAGCUACUGCUUGUUACUAAUGUUAAUUAUGUUAAAGGGUAGAAAAUAUUUGUUCCGAUAAAAGAUAUUUACCAGUGAGUUCAGGUGAAAAUCAGUUUUCAAAAUGUAAUGUCGUGCAAAUGAAAUGUCACGACAUAAAAUAAUCCACUUGUGUUUUUGCACUGAUCCUCCUUUUUCUUAUUAAUCACCUCACUGAAGCGUUCGCAGAGGGACAAUCAGCCUGAUGUUGUUAAUGAAGUCUUACAUCAUAAUGCUGGUGAUAAAUAAAUGUGUUGAUUUGAAGCUCUGGAUUAUCGGAUUAAAAAGAAGCCUUGAAU